AUGUCUUGGCGUUGCUUUGACCUUAAUUCUAAGGGUGUAGAAGGCAUUCAAGAGCGCACUAUUAGUGGUGGUUUAGUGACACUAGUGAGUUGUUUAGUAGUAUCUUUUCUACUGCUAUCUGAGCUCUCUAUCUGGUGGACUGUGAGUGUUACACACCGUAUGCACGUCGAUACUGAUCCUCAGCAAGAUUAUCCAAUUAAUGUUGAAGUGGACAUUGUAUUUCUUCAUGAGGCUUGCAAUGAUGUAGCAAUGGAUGUAAGUGAUUCGAAGGGUAUUAAGGACGUACUAUUGAAGACAAAUAUUGAGGAAGAGCCAUUUGGAGAGAAUGGGUGUAGAUUCUAUGGUACAGCUCAAGUACAGAAGGUAGCAGCCGACUUGUCCUUUGGUCAUGAAGGUUCGCUCAACAUGUUUUCCCUAUUUGAAUUCCUCACCUUCAACUCGUCACACAUAGUCAAUCAUCUGCGCUUCGGCCCGCAUAUUCCAGACAUGGAGACGCCUUUGAUUGACGUUAGCAAGAUCGUGAUGAAUAACUUGGCAGUGUACAAGUACUUUGUCAGUAUCGUACCUACUCGCUACAUCUAUCUGAAUGGUCGAUCGGUGACGACGUUCCAGUACUCAGUGACGGAACAUGAGACGAUUUCACAAGGUCCUAAUGGACACAUUUCAUUCCCCGGUGUGAUAUUCUCCUAUGAGUUUUCACCCAUUGCAGUGGAAUACAUUGAAUCCAAGCCGUCCGUAUUGCACUUCCUCACCAGUACAAGUGCUAUUAUAGGUGGUGUCUUUGCUGUAGCGCGCAUGAUCGAUGGUGCUAUCUACAGCGUCUCCAAGAAAAUCGAUUAG